CACCAACCAUGUAUCGUGCUGCAGUAGCCAAUCUUGUGAUAAUUUUGAGUCUUGUGGGAGGUGUAUCAACCAAGACCAAGAACGACCCAGGUCGAACCAACGUGCUUGUAAUACUUGGCGAUGAUGCUGGACUUCAGAUGUCAGCCUACGGUAACCAUGCCAUCAAAUCGCCAAACUUUGACAAACUAGCUGCCAGGAGUGUUGUGUUUAAACAUGGCUACACCUCCGUAAGUAGCUGUUCACCAAGUCGAUCAGUUGUGUUAUCAGGCCUACCGCAACACCAAAAUGGAAUGUAUGGAUUGCACCAGUUCCCUAACUCUUUUAGCUCUUUUGAUAAAGUUAAAAGCUUGCCAGUAAUGUUGCGAGACAAAAACAUCAGGACAGGUAUUAUUGGGAAGAAACACGUGGGCCCAGAUUAUGUUUACGGGUUUGAUUUUGAAGAAACGGAAGAAAACAACAAUUUGAAUCAGGUCGGUAGAAAUAUAACAUGUAUGAAAAACUUUGUGAAACAAUUUCUUAGCAACAACGACACUAGGCCAUUUUUCUUGUACAUUGCAUUUUUUGAUCCUCAUCGCGGCUGCGAUGGCUUUUGCGAAAACUUCGGUGAUGGGCGACCAGGCAACGGUGUUAUACCAGAUUGGACACCAACAUAUUAUACCCCUGAUGAAGUGAAGGUCCCUUACUUUAUGCCCGACACGCCUGCUGCUAGACAAGACCUGGUAAACUUUUAUAAAACUCUCAGCAGAAUGGACCAGGGUAUAGGCUUGUUCAUGAACGAGUUGGAGAGUGCGGGUUUUGGAGACAAUACAUUGGUUCUGUAUUCCGCUGAUAAUGGAAUCCCUUUUCCUAAUGCAAAAACAAAUCUGUAUGAAUCGGGAAUGAUGGAGCCCUUCAUGAUCUCGUCACCCCUUCAUAAAGAAAACUGGGGAAAACAGACGGAAGCUUUAGCAAGCACAAUGGAUAUCACCCCGACUGUUCUUAACUGGUUCAAUGUUAGUGUUCCUACCAACUAUUUUAAACUAACUGGACGAUCUUUACUUGGUGCGGUCGCGGAUACUGAUAGUCCUGAUUAUCCUUUCGUAUUUUCAAGUCAUAACUUUCAUGAAGUGACAAUGUAUUAUCCAAUGCGAGUGAUCAGAACGACCAAAUAUCGAUUGAUACACAAUUUAAAUUAUCAUGCACCUUAUGCUAUUGCUACAGAUUUAUUCGCGGCUCCCACGUUUCAAGAUUUACUGAACAGGAGUAUCGCAGGUCAAAGUUUAAACUGGUUUAAAACAUUAGAUCAGUAUUAUCACAGAACUGAAUGGGAGUUAUUCGAUCUGCAAGCUGACCCGACAGAACUCAAUAAUCUUGCCGACAAUCCUGAUUAUAGUCUUAUUCUAAAUCAACUUCAGACUCAGUUAAUGAACUGGCAGACGGAGACUAGAGAUCCAUGGCAUUGUCUACCAGCAGGUGACUCUUAUAUGGGUCGCUGUGUAGACUUGCGCAAUGGAGAAAAGUUCAACAAUACAUCGCUGUAA